GCGUGUCUGGCACAGCCUGUCCUCACUGAGUGUGCCCUCUGCUAACAUGGCUCUGCUGAAUCCCAGGCUGCUGGCUCGUGUACUGCGCUACCAGCCAUGUGUGCUCACCCUGCAGGGCAGGCACAGCUCCUGGUGGUCUCAUGUAGAGAUGGGACCCCCUGAUCCCAUUCUUGGUGUAACGGAGGCCUUCAAGCGUGACAAUAAUCCCAAAAAGAUGAACCUGGGUGUUGGCGCGUAUCGUGAUGACAGUGGGAAACCAUACGUGUUGAGCAGCGUACGAAAGGCUGAGACACAGAUGGCUGCUAAAAAUCUGGACAAGGAGUAUCUACCUAUCGGAGGUCUGGCGGACUUUACCAAGGCAUCAGCUCAUUUGGCACUGGGUGAAGGCAGUGAAGCCUUUCAGAGCGGACGGUAUAUCACUGUACAGACGAUUUCAGGAACUGGAUCCCUGCGUGUUGGAGCCAAUUUCCUGCAACGAUUUUACAAACCCAGUCGGGUUGUAUUCCUUCCUAAACCAUCGUGGGGUAACCACACUCCGAUAUUCCGCGAUGCUGGUAUGGAGCUAAAUGGCUAUCGAUAUUAUGACCCGAAGACGUGUGGGUUUGACUUUGCUGGAGCGCUGGAUGACAUCUCGAAAAUCCCAGAGCAGAGCAUCAUCUUGUUCCAUGCAUGUGCUCACAAUCCCACUGGUGUGGACCCCAGACCAGAGCAAUGGAAGGAGCUGGCAGCCAUUGUGAAGAGCCGACGACUCUUCCCAUUCUUUGACAUGGCUUAUCAAGGCUUUGCCAGUGGUGACACUGACCGCGAUGCUUGGGCUGUUCGCUACUUUAUCCAGGAGGGGCUGGAUGUGGUGAUAUCACAGUCUUAUGCCAAAAAUAUGGGUCUCUAUGGUGAACGUGUUGGUGCUUUCACAGUGGUUUGCAGUGAUCCUGAUGAAGCCAAGAGAGUGGAAUCCCAGCUAAAGAUUCUGAUCCGUCCCAUGUAUUCCAACCCUCCCCUUAAUGGAGCUCGGAUAGCCGCCUCUAUCCUAACGCAGCCAGAUCUGCGCAGUGAAUGGCUCCAGGAAGUAAAAGGAAUGGCAAACCGUAUAAUAAGCAUGAGGGAACAGCUGGUAUCGAAUCUGAAGAAGGAAGGCUCCAUUCACAGCUGGCAGCAUAUAAGUGACCAGAUAGGAAUGUUCUGCUUUACUGGUCUGCGUCCCGAGCAGGUGGAACGUCUUAUUAAGGAGUUCUCAAUCUACAUGACAAAGGAUGGACGUAUCUCGGUAGCCGGUGUCACAUCGGGAAAUGUUGGUUACCUUGCUCAUGCUAUCCACCAGGUCACAAAGUGAGCAAUUGAGAACCAGAA